AUGCUUUUCCAUUUCAUUUCCUCCAAUGAAUAUGUAGAUAAAGUCAAUCAGACGUUCUCUGGAGAGUUUCUAUUGCUUGGGCUAACAUUUGAUGCUCACAUCCAAGUCGACCUCUUUCUGUGGUUCCUCCUUGUGUAUAUUGUUACUGUUGUUGGAAAUAUCAGCAUUAUAUUAAUAGUUAGGAUUUCUCCCAUGCUGCACAUACCUAUGUACUUUUUUCUGAGCCACUUGUCAUUUUCAGAUCUCUGCUACUCUUCUGUUAUCACCCCCAAAUUGUUGGAGAUAUUGAUUAUGGAAGAUAAAUCUAUCACCUACUCUUCUUGCAUGACCCAACUCACUGUGUUCAGUGUCUUUGGAAGUAUGGAGUGUCUAAUACUGGCAUUGAUGGCCUGCGAUAGGAGUGUAGCAGUACGCAAACCAUUGUUUUAUCAUCUUAUCAUGACAGACUCAUUAUGCAAACAAUUAAUAGCAAGUAGUUACUCUGCUGCUGUGAUGACAUCAUUGUUAAAUGCUGCCUUUGCCCUACAGCUCUCGUUUUGCAGCGAGAAUAGCAUCGAUCAUUUUUACUGUGAUUACCCCCCAUUGCUAAAGCUUUCCUGCUCUGAUACAUCUACAAAUGAACUGGUACUCUUGGUUUCUGUAUCCUGUGUUAGUGGCAUAUCUGUGGUCACCAUACUAAUAUCCUAUGGCUAUAUUAUACUGACCGUGCUUGGUAUACGUUCAAAAGAAGGAAGACAUAAGGUUUUCUAUACUUGUUCAUCUCACCUUAUGGUUGUUUCAGUCUUUUACGGUACUGUUUUAUUUAUGUACCUGCGUCCCAGUGGUAAAUCUUUUUCAGAUCAAGAUAAAGUGGUGGCUGUGUUCUAUACAGUGAUAAUACCAAUAUUAAACCCAAUCAUCUACAGUAUGAGAAACAAGGAGCUGCAACUGGCUUUACAGAAAAUCAUACUAAGAAUGCAUGACGUUGUGUAA